CGCCCCUUUACCCGGCAAAAAGUAGGGAAAGUGUUUAUAAAGUAAAUGUUUUAUAUCAGAGGCAGGAGUCAGAGAGGAGUGAUGGCGUUGUAGGAUGAAUUUAAACUUCCGGAAGUGUUUAUUUUAUUGUUAAAGUUUUAAUAUUACAAGUUUAUUUAUUUCUUUUUUAAAAAGCAUGUCUGUUUUUGAGUCGCGCGCCGCGAGUUUGCGCAGUUUAUAAAGGCAAAGGCGCAAAAUGAGGCUGAGAGCAGAGCAGCUAGGAGAGGAACACACACCAUAACACACACCAUAACACACACACACACACACGGGGAAUAAGGAGCACACCUUCCUGAACACACACAGGAUCACAGGCAUGAUGAAGAUGAUGAAGAUGAAGAUGGUGUGUGAAAGAUCUUAACUUCUCUGCAUCUGAAGUUUUUCCUGCACGCGCGGUUUGGAGCGUUGUUUUUCAGGCUCUGUGAGGUGUAGAGACACAGCCCUGUGGAUAUAAUGCCCAGUAAGAGUGUGUUAAACACACAAGUGAACAGCAGAACGGAUGAAGCUCCUAAACCCAGCUCGGCUCGCUCCAGGAAGAGGAAAGCAGAUGUUGCUAUUCACUUACAUGAUCCGGAUGAGGAAAUUACAGAGGCGCAGACGAGAAAGAAGCCGUGUCCGCCCCAGGAGACGUGCCGGGAUCAGACGGCGGCCUCCUCUCCACGCCAGGCGGAUAAACCGGUUGGAAUCGGCAGCGUGGGAUUCACACACUACGCCAGCAGGAGUGUUUUCGUCACCCCGACACGGCCCUCGCCCCUGCCUGCCCUAUGUUGGGCGAGUAAAGACGACGUGUGGAGCAACCUGCUGAAGAAAGAUAAACUUUACCUCCACAAUGUGCAUGUGAUGGAGAGACACCCCAACCUGCAGCCCAAAAUGAGGGCCAUUCUGCUGGACUGGUUAAUCGAGGUGUGUGAGGUGUAUAAACUCCACAGGGAGACGUUUUAUUUAGGUCAGGAUUAUUUCGAUCGCUUCAUGGCCACACAGAAGAACGUGCAGAAGUCCACGCUGCAGCUCAUUGGCAUUUCUGCUCUCUUCAUCGCCGCUAAGAUGGAGGAGAUUUAUCCUCCUAAAGUGCACCAGUUUGCGUAUGUGACGGAUGGAGCGUGUACGGAGGAGGAGAUCCUCAGCAUGGAGGUCAUCAUCAUGAAGGAGCUGAACUGGAGUCUGAGUCCGUUAACGCCGGUGUCGUGGCUGAACAUCUACAUGCAGAUGGCGUAUCUGAAGGAGUUCACUGAAGUUCUCAUGCCACAGUUUCCUCAGACCACGUUCGUACAGAUCGCUGAGCUGUUGGAUUUGUGCAUUCUGGAUGUGAGGAGUCUGGAGUUCUCCUCCAGCCUGCUGGCAGCUUCAGCUCUGUUCCACUUCUCUUCUCUGGAACUCAUCAUGAAGGUCUCUGGGGUGAAGUGGUGUGAUGUGGAGCGCUGUGUGAGGUGGAUGGUGCCAUUUGCGAUGGCGAUACGUGAAGUUGGAAGCUCCUCCCAAAAAACGUUUAAAGGCAUUCCAGCAGAGAACAUGCACAACAUCCAGAGCCACGCCCCCUACCUGGACUGGCUGGGAAAGGUACACUCUCAUCAGCUGGAGGAUUUGGAACAUGGCCAGACCUCGCCCGUCCCGCCCGGAGUGUUGACUCCGCCCCCCAGCAGCGAGAAACCCGAGGACUCUUCGUCCUGACCGCUGCUCCGCUUCAGCUGUGUGGAUUGGGACACGACCCACAGCCAUGCUGUUCUCAGAUCAGCUUUGAGAAACCUGCACAACUUUUUAUUCUGAUCUCUGCAGACUCCUAACCGCUUAAUUCUGAAUUUUUAAACAUGUAUUAUUGAUCCACCGAGUCGCAGCCCGCCUACCGAAUCCUCAGAGAGCCUCAGGGCCUGAAUGCUGCUAUAACGGAGGUGGGACACACGCGCACACACACACACACACACACACACACACACACAAAGGAUUUUUGAUGGAUUAGAUUUUAUAUUUCACACUCGGGGGUGUUUGUUUGUGUUAAGGUGAAUUAUGCUAUUUUUCUAAGGAAGGCCCAGGUCACCAUGGAAACGGCUUUAAAUCCUGUAGGACUGGGAUUUUAUUUUGAAAAUUUUUAUCCUCUGGUUGUAUCCUGAGAUUUUUACCAAAAUGAUCUUUUUUUAAUGUCAUGCUGCUACUGUUGUGUAUUUUAUAAAUCUAAAUAAAGCUCUAAAUGCAUACGCA